AAAACGCGUAUCUGAAACUCAGUGUCGAGUAUCUGUGUGUGUGUCAAUUGAAGAGAAAAUGAAAAUAUCUGACAAUGUAUAUGACUGUGUGUGUGUGCAUGUGCGCGCGUAUUAUGUAGUCGCCAACGAAGACAACACCAACGACAACCAUUGCCAUCGCGAUAGGGAUAGUCUCAGUCUCGUGUUCGAGUCGUGUAGAGUAGUUGCGUUCUGUUUUUGAAAAUCAAUUUCAAUUCAGUUGUGCUGUGGUGCAUGCACUCACACUGCGCUCGCUCCGUUUGUUCGCCCGCCCGCCCGCUGCUCGCUCACUCACUUAACUAUUAUUAUUGCUCUACUAUUAAUUGUGUGCUCACUAGUCUAAAUAUUUUUUGAUUUUUUUAACAAAUAAAAAAAAAACACGAGAAAAUUGUUAAAAGAAAAUGUAACGAAAAAAAAACAUGCACGCGGAGCUUUUUUGAUAGAGUGAAAAAAAGAAACAACAACAGCAACAACACACUCUCACACACAACCAAAAAAAAUUAAAAAGAUAUUCAAUACAACAAAUAAAUGAUUUUGAUUUUUUCUGUUGCUCGGCUCUAUUGUUUUAGAAAAAACAAAACACACACCAAAAAAAUAAAUAAAUAUCAAAUAUUUAAACAAAUUGAACGACCACGACGAAUCUAAACAAAUUGAACGAGAGCUCAUCACAAAAAAUAUUUAAAUCAUUUCAAUUUGAUGUAAGCAAAGAAAAGUGCCAAUUUUAAGAAAAAAAGAAAAGAUAUUAAAAGGAAAUUUUACUUUUCUUUAACGACUUUCAACGAAAAGAAUGAAAGAAAUGAAAAUAAAACGAAACAGAAUUUAAACGACGAAAAAAAUUCAAACGACGAAAACUAACCAACAAAUUAAAAAAAAAAUUAAAUUGUUAUUAACCACAACAAAAUCGACAGAGAUUUCUAUUGUUGUUGUUAUUCCUGAACAUGAAAUAAAUCUAAAAGAAUUAACCAUCAAAUAGAAGUUGGAAGAGACACUCUUGGGAAAUUCAGUUAAUCCAAUACUGAAUACAACAAGCGAUACAAAACAACAACAACUACAACAUCAAAGCCAGAGAAGGAAACAACUUCAGGAGUUAAACAAACAAACAAAAUAAAACACGAGCAAAAAAUGGAUAAUUAAGAAAAGCAAAAAACAAACAACAAUUAAUGGAAAAUGGAAAUUAUUAACUAACAAACACCAACACACGAUUCUAAACAAAUGCAAAACCCAUAACAACAACAUCAAGUAAUUUGCAAAUACAACACAAAACUACAGCAACACAACAACAGCAAUAAUUGGUUUUUGUUUUUUCCUGAAAGCCGGCAACAAAUUUGUGAAACCAAUUCAACUAAACACCACCAAAGUCACAUGCAGUAAAUAAAUUAUUCUUUUGGGGUUUACCUUGAGAAUUGAACAGCAGUAGCCAAGAAGCAGUCAGCUAGACAUUGGUGUACAACAAAACUAGGAAGUUGUAGAAAGCAGUUUGCCGCCAACACUCCCAGCAAGCAAUGUACAGCAAAACACAACAGCCAACCACAACAAAAACAUAACGUUAAAUGUUGUUGUUUCUUUAGACUUUUGUUUUUUGUUCUAAGUUUCAUUUACACUUGAUUUGUUAUUUUGUUGGAAACCCUAAUUUUUUGUUGAACCGGCCCUUGAGAACCCCUGAGAACAGAUAGGGGAAACAAACCCAAGUUUUUAUUUCUCCAAAUGCAAUUCAAUUAAAAAUCAACAACACCAUCUUUAUUUUUGUUUUUGGGCAACACCCCAGCACCAGGUGGCAAACAACAAUCACAUCAGCAAAUCCAAUUCAAUCCAAGAGGAAUAUUCAAAGUCGUUCGGGAAGAAAAGCCAAUUUGUUGCUUUUGUAUGUCUAGGAACAAUGCUGUCGCAUAAUUUGAAAAAUGAUUUGCUAAACGACAUGGAAACGAUAGAUUUUGGGCCAUCGUUCAGCUUUGCUGCAGCUGUAACUGUAUCGGCUAAUCCGACUGCUGGUGUUGCUGCUUUACAUUUGGCAAAAGCUCGCCUGCUGCCAACAAGUGUUGCCGUUGCUCCACAAAGUGUUGCAGAUAUUGUUGCUAACAACAGCGUCCACAACAACAUUCAACAAGAUCAACAAUAAGAAGCCAACAACAACAACAACAAUAUUAAGAACAACAUCAUUCAACGAUAAAAGAAGAAUACUAUUAAACAACAACAACAAAAAGAAGAAGAAGAAGAAAAUUAACAACAUCAAAAAGCGAUUGUAUCCAAGAGGAAACAAGAGGAAAUAAAGAAACAAAAAAAAUCAAAUAUAAAAUAAUACAUUACAACAAAUAACCACAGCAUCCUUGAAGCAGAAUUAACGCAAUCCUGUAAAACUGUAUAUAACUGUAAAAGUUUUCUUUUGUUUUGUUUUAUUUGAAAGCCAAAACUACGUGUAAAACAUCUCUACUACAUCUACAUAUAGUUUAAACUCUUUAAAAAAUAAAGGAGAAAUCCCUCUACAUCUGGAUUGUGGAUCAUCGAACAAAUAAGAAAAGGCAAAGCGCAGAAGAAGCGGAAAGAAAGAAAGAAAGAAAAAUUAGCCAUUAAUCUCCCCUUAAAGGAAAUAAAAGAAAAUCUAGUGCAAUUUAAUAAAUAUAACAUCCUCCCCCCACCCACACACACUCACAUCAUUAAGGAAGAAGAAAGAAAACGCCCCCACAUCACCGCCCUCAUCGUACACCUUUACUACUUUUCACUCGCCAAAGAACUACAAUUUGUUGAAGGAACAAAAAAAAUCAUAGAUGACCUUGCAACGACGAAUGAGUGGCAACGUCAGGAACAUAUGAUUUUGUUGCAUGCAACCAGCUAAUUGUUCUUUUUUUGUGGUAUUAGUUAGAAGUGGAAGAAGAAGAAGUAACAAAAAGUCAUUAUUACUAUCUAUAUAUCAUCAGCACCAGUAGAAAAAUACCAACCACCCGAUAUCAUCAAUUCUAGUUAAACUAAAACGGUAUGAAGUAUCCUCAACUAGUAUCGCCUCGUGCCGUGAACGCCAUCUCUGAUUGGUUAGUAUCACGUUUGGAGCAAUUAGGCGUUGAAUCACCCCAGAUCUAUACAAGACUACUACUAUCUCUCUUACAAUCGUCAGUUCAAGUGAACGAUCCAAUUGAAUUCAGCAACUUGGAAGCAUUUUUUGCCAAUCGCAAAGGAGGCCACAGCAAACGUUUCCACUUGCCCUCCGAUACAGAGACAUUGAAGAAACUAAAUGCCGUACAGUGUUUAAGGGAGAUUGUUUCAAAUGAACAGGAGACUGCUGCUAUCGAAAGACUUGUUGAUGAAUUGUGUGAAAAAUUAAAGGACAUCGAAAAACGUAGCCAAGAAUUAAAUGAUGAAGAACGUUUUCUAAUCGAUACACAAUUGAAAAUUGAUUCACUAUCUAGUUCAGCUACUACUGCUACUGGCGUUAACAAUAAUCAUCAUCAUCAGCAGCAACAACAACAACAACACCAUCACAAUUUAUAUCAUAAUCAAUCAUUAUCAUCAUCCUCGGCAUCCUCUUCCGCCACUUCGUCAUCUUCUGCAUCAGCACAACAGCACCUUAUUUCCUCGGCUUCUCACUGUGAUUCCCACCAUUCACGUCGUUCCGGGCCACAUGCUAACGAAAAUGCUUUAAACGAUAACGAAAACGAUCCCAAGAAGCGUUAUUUUCGCGCUUUCCCUGCCUUGUCAAAGGAAAUGGAAGACUCGUUUCGCAUAUGGCGUCGUAAUGCAAAAUCUUUAACUUGGCCAAUUGUGGGACGUUCGUCGCUAAUUGUUACUGAAAAUCAAAAUCGUACUGCUGCUGAUAAUUCUAAUAACAGCACGACAGCAUCAAGUGAAUCGUCUAUUGCCGAUAGUAAAAGCGUUGAAAAGAAACCGAAAUCAGGAGGUGGGGUUGAUCAAUUAAAAGCAGAAUUCACUGGAGAUAGUGCCAUUGGCCGUUCCGGAUCUAGUUUGUGUGGUGACGUACAACAACAGCAACAACAACAACAAGGAGCAAUAGUAACAUCGUUAGGAGCAGCGGCAAGUGCAAAAAAGAAAUCUAAGCGUCGCCGAAAUCAAGCUUUGUCUAAAGGCAAGCAAAUUCCAAAUAUACGCAAACCCAUAACAACGGCUACAGGCAACUCCAACUCGAACACUGGUAAAUCAACACAUCACCGCAACACUUCGCCUGCUUGGGAUACGGAUUUUAAAGGCUGCUGGGAAAUGGGUCCCGAUCUGAUUAAGGAGUUUUUGGCACGUCAAAAAGGAACGGCAGCAGCCACCAAACGUAGUCGCAGCAACUCGGAUAGCAUGGAUGCCGAUGCACGCAAUGAAUACAAAAUGAUUAGUGAGAUUCCAAAACGUGAUGAACUGCUCAGCGGCAUUGAGCGGCCACUGAUGAAACGCUACGUUGACAUUUCAUUUUGUUGUGACGAUUCAGAUGAUCGCCAACACUAUGAAGUGGUGACAGACGAUGGUGUCGAUUAUGUCGAUGAGGAUUAUGAUGAUGAUAAUACCCUGGCCUCCAUAGAAGAGCUGUCCAGUGCCAGUGGCAACAAUGUCAUCAAUGCCCGACGUUUGUAUCAACGUGAGGGAACUUUGCAAAGACCUUUCCUAGUUUGCAAUACUGGCGAGGAUAGAUAUUUGGACGAUAGUUCUGAAUCAGUUGAUCAUUUGGAUUUUGCCAAUUUUAAGGCAAAAUUCAAUAGCAGCGUUGAAGCUCUGUGGAAAGAUGUAGAGCCAGCUGCAGCACCACCACAACAACAAACUGUCUUUGAGGGUGCUGUCAAAACUGGCACAGAUGUCACUCCGAUUGGCAUUUCGUCGGCAUUCUAUGCCACAACAUCACUAAAUGCUUUGGCUCCCUUUAAGCAGGACCUAUGGAAUUUCUGGUCUAACUACAACAAUCAACCGCCUCAAACGGCCUACGAUCAAGUGGCAAAAUUCCCCAACAACACCCACUCCAAUACCACAUCAUCCAUGAUUACAACGACUAAAACACAACGUUUAGACGACAGUAGCGCUAGUUCUGGCGCUGGCGCCGAUAUUGCUAAUUCAAGUGAUUACUACUCUAUGCCCAGUAAUUUGGAUGAUUUCGAUAAGUCGGUGGGUGCAAUGCGUCGCAUUAAUGAAGCUGGUGCUUCUCUGGGUGUUGGGGGCGUUGGUGGUGGUGGCGGUGCACACACACCGUCCAUAAAUCUUUUCUUGCAGAAUUCGAUUUGGUCUUCGUCGGGAGAUUGUGUUGAUGCUGUGGGUGCUGCCAGUGAAACUGAUGAGAGUUUCCUGUACAAAGUUUGGCAUUCAAACAAGAAGUUAAGUCAGAUAGAUAUGGCUGCCAAAAAUAAAAAUGAAAAGAUUGCUGAGAGUGUGGGGGACUUAGAUUGUGCCUCUGUUAUAUAUCAUAAAGGCAAUGACAGCCAGUUAGAGGGAGGAAAUGGUGCUAAACUAGGUUUUACUCCCUACAACAACUUGAAAUGGUCCGAGGGCAUAAAUGCUGGCCCAGCAUAUAAUAGUCUACGUUCUAAUGUCGUUACCACCGGCACAUCUGGGGAUGUCAUAGAUAGUUGUGGUGAGGCAAGUAAAUAUGCGGCUGCCUAUAAUUCAGCAGCCAUAAUUACUUCAACUGGUGCAAAUUGGGAAGCUCCCAUAUAUGGUCAAAAUACUCAACCGGAUUUGAAAUCCUGGUGUGCCUCCAACCCCGUGUCCUUGACCGAAAUGUAUGGCAGUGAUGUUUGUGACAGCAUUACUCAAGAUGUCCCUGAGUCAGCCAUUUAUGUUGCAUCUGGGCCAGAAAUUACCCUACCCAAUCAUUGUGCGGCUACCAGCGGUUUUAUCGCCUAUGCCCGCAUCAAGGCAAGCGGCAGUGUGAUCCAACCCCAAACUAAGCCAUUGCAAUCGCAACAGGUUACCCACAACAUGGCCAGUGACUAUUUUCGAGGUGGCGAGGAAGAGAAUCUUUUGACUUCUGAACGUACUCAUUUUCAUCCCAUCGAGACCUAUGUAGAUGGCUACACUUUCGACAUAAGCAGUGCUUUGGAUUGUGUUGAGUUUGAGCGUAGUGCCAGCGGCUAUUUGUGCUAUGAUUCCAAUGAGUAUUUGGAAUACACAAGAAACGAUAUAUAUCUGGCCGAUGAGGAGGUGUCCAAUACAAAUUUAAUGAAUUUCUCAGCCACUGCUUCUUCUCAAGUGGCCGAUGGAAGGGUUCAUGCGGCAAAGGAAAAGCCAGAAAAUAGGGAAAUGUUUGUAUUGAAGUUCAAGUUGAAGCGUACGGGAGAAAUAGCCUGCCAAACGGAAGAAAUUGACUUCCAGUUGGCGACAGCCAAAAUGUCCAAUCAACAUCAAAUGGCGGGCAUCGACUCCAUGGAAAUGUCCAUGUUCUCUCUCGACAAUUCGUUGAGUCUUAGCAGACAGGCCAAUAAUGAGGCCAUCAUGGCUGCAGUAACCCAGGCGGUGGCAGCAGCUGCUAAAGCGGCUGCUGAACAUCAAGGUUUAAAUACAACAGCUCUUCAUCAGAGCUCUGGCCGCCUAGCACAAGCAUGGGUACCAGCAGCCACACGCUCGGAGUGCACACAAUCAUGGGUGCAGGAGGCCUCGCUAAGUGAUGAAGUCGACUUUUGUCGUGCCACGGCUGCAUCGGCUAAGCAACUUAGCCAAUUUUGGUCUAUGCAGGAAGUGGAAAAGCAAUGCCACAAACGCCGUCUUCCUCCAAGGGCAAAUUUUGCCAGGGUCGACAUGGAUAGAAAUGAGGAUAGUUCAUUGGAUAACUCUUCACAUACCCUGUGGGGCAUGUGUGCCGUUUGUAAUAGUUGUGAUUAUGGAAAGUCUUUGCCGGCCAAUCGCUUACUGCGCGAUGAAUUAAAAUUGGAAGCCGAUGAAAUAAUGAGCGAUUUGCGUUACAUGCAAGACUUGUAUAUUGGAGAGAGUGAUUCGGUCGCCGAGAAUGUUAACGAUGGUGAUGAUGCUAAUGUGGAUGGUGGUCGUCGCGAGGCAGACAAACAUCAAACAUCACUGGGUGAUGGAAUGAAGCAGCAAGAUUAUAAUGUGGCAAAUUUGCAGAAUCCCAACGAUAGUGCUGUUCAGGCCAUUAUGUUGCUAAAAGUCAAUCAAUUAAUCGAAGAUUUGUUAAGGCCCGAGCAAACGGGUAAAUUAAUUAGAGCGAAAUUUGAAGAGCAAACAUUUGCUGAAAAUGUCCCAACUGCCAAUAAUGAUUGGCCAAUGACAGUGGAUGAUGAUGCUGUGGAUAAUUCGAACUCUUGGCACUUUGGUGGCGGUGGUGUUGGUAACCAUCAACAAACACAAGCAUUACACAAUAUUUGGCAACAUGAUGCCAGUGAAAAUGUGGAGAAAGAAAAUUCGAAAUUUGUUGCCAUUAAACCCAUGAAACUAUUGCGCCAAGUUGGCGGUUCUCUUAACGAAGAGGAUUUGUAUGUAGACAAAUUGAAUUGGGAACAUGACCAUUUAGCUAAAAUAUGGCAAAGAGACGAAGUGGUAACCACAAGCCUAGCUGGAAAUGAAGAAAUCAAAACUAGUGCCGUUGAAGGUAACAACAUUGAGCAUGAAGUGAAAGAAGAGGAGAAUAUUGAACUAAGCCAAGGUCUUGUGGAAAAGAAUAAUUUGAAAAACUUGCAAAAUAUCAAUAAUACCACACCCCCAUCAUCAGCAGCAUCUUCCACAUUGGCUACAAACAAUUCAGCUGCCUACAAAAGGGUCCAACAAUUCUUAAAUAGUUCUGCCGCAAAAUUGAAAUUGGCAGCAAAUCGUAAGCGACGCCAUUCUGCUUCUCAGAAUUUCUACAAGAAUCACAGUCUCCACACUAAUAAUAAUAAUCAUAAUAGCAAUAGCAACAAUAACAACAAUGAUGCUAUUACCGAUUUAAAUCGUUAUAAAUUCGAAGAGAAAAUGAUUGCAGCCAACGAAAUGCCUUUGACUGGCCACACCAACCAGAAUGAGGCAACUCCCAAGCAAACCAUUAUCACUUGCAAAUAUUGGACUACCAGCACAAAUGGCACUCAGGCUUCUAUGGAUUCGGCUGCGGCAGCCAUGAUGCUAUUGGCUGCCGCUGCAAACAAAACCACUAUCAUAGAUGGCAGUGAUGGAGUAGAUAUAAUGACCACCGCCAACUCCCAAUACGAUGAGGAUACAAACGAUGAAGGUAUCAUGUUGGAAGAUAACACAUUUGGUAAUACCUUUUCUUGUCUAAUCGAUAAAAAUGCCUCAAUAUUGAAACAUGUAACCAUGAUGACACGGCCCCUUACACGCUAAACUCCAAAAGAAAGAAAAAAAAAUGAAAUGAAUGUGAAAUUCCAUUUUCCACAAAAA